GAAAUAAUAAAAAACAGAUAUUUUUAAAUACUUAUUAAACCUAAACCAGUGUUAUUUUAAAUAAAUACAAACGAAAAAUAAAAAAAACAAAACGAUUUUCUAAAAAUCGUUUCUAACCUCAAAUUAUCAAUAAAGAAAUUAUUAAUUGAUUACCCCUAAAACAAAAAACUCCCUUUAAAAAUGGUCUCAUAUUACAAUACCCUGUCCUAUCCCCAAAAACAUAGUGCUGCCAAUUUGGCCUAUUCAGCUGGUCAGCCUUGGCAAUGGACUGCCAACUAUCAUACACCACCCAAUCAUCAAUAUCUCGGUGAUAUGGAUUCACCUCAUGCUGCCCAUCAUCAAAUGUAUUACAAUCCUCAUGCCAUGUUCCAUUCAGCCUCUAAUGCCGCCGCCGCUGCCUCCGAAUGGCAUUCUCCCUCUUCGGCCGAGAAUUUCGCUCAAAAUGCUCAAAUGCUGCAACAACAACAUCAAUUACUUAAUGGCUCGGCUGUGGCCAACGGUGCUAAUGGCUCUACACCUUCCUCUUCUUCAGGCAGUUCCACUUCUACAACAUCGGCUGGCCCCGCUUCGGGUAGUACACAAUUGAAUGAAACCGUCAGCAGUAUUGGUGAUCAACAACAACAUCAACAACAGCAGUCAUCACAACAACCUCCACAUAUUACCGAAGGUCUACCUUCACCACCGAUUACGGUUAGUGGUAGUGAAAUAUCCAGUCCAGGUGCUCCAGCAUCUUCUUCAUCACCCCAUCAUAUUGCUCAUCAUUUGAGUAAUAACAAUAAUAGUCCUUCAACCGCUAAUAACAAUAACAACAAUAAUACAACAAUCAAUAAUAAUCAUCGUUCGUCGCCGAUUAAGUCGCAUCAGUACUAUGAAUGGAUGAAAAAGCCAUCGUAUCCGGCUCAACCAGCACCCGGCAAAACACGCACCAAGGAUAAAUAUCGUGUUGUCUACACCGAUUUCCAACGUUUAGAACUCGAGAAAGAAUACUGCACAUCGCGCUACAUUACCAUACGCCGUAAAACCGAACUAGCCCAAUCGUUGUCGCUGUCCGAACGUCAAGUGAAAAUCUGGUUCCAAAAUCGACGAGCCAAAGAGCGUAAACAAAAUAAAAAAGUUAACGAACCCACCUUAGGUGGUGUACAACAUCCGGACUAUGCUAAUCUUAUGGAUACAAAACCCAAACUGGAACCAGGUCUACACUUGCAACAUUCCCUACACUCUAUCAAUUCCAUGGCCAUGUCAAUGCCCGCCAUGAGACUACAUCCUCAUCUACAUGGACAUCCAUUGGCUGUAAGUGCUCACUCACAUCAUUUGCAACAGUCGCCUCAUGCUCAAAUAUCAGCAGCUGCUGUCGCCAGUGUGGGUUCAUUAGCGAUGUGACCACCCUAUGGCCGUAUUAAUGGUAGAGAAAAUAGUUUACUGGCAGCAUCAACAGCAACUAUGAAUAGCAGUGGUUGUUUAGGUGUAGGUUCGGAUAGUGUUUUACAUGAUAUGGUAGUUAAUUCGGGGUCCUCUGCAUUGGAGUCAGAUCAUGAUGCUGCUGAAGUAGAGGCUGCUUUGGCUGUAGUUGCUGCUGCUGCCGCCCACAAUAGUAGUAAUAAUAAUAAUCUUAAUGUAACAUGUAAUAACAACACUUGUCCUAGUGAAAUCUUAAACACUCCCCUACACUGUAUUUAGGCCUAAAUUAACACUUUAACUUAAAACGCGUUAAAAGUGUUUAACUCCUAACAGGGUUUUAAUAUUAUAGUUUAUAAGAAUUUUGAGGGCAUUUUUUCGUAAAUAACUAAAAGAGAUGUGUACUUUCUGUAUAUAGUUGUUUUAGUAUGUGAUCAUCAGUUGAAUAUUGCACGUGUUGUCUUUUGUGAUUGUAUAUUCCAACUGUUGUUAAAGCAUGCUAAAGCCCUUUCCUCUCCCCUUCUUUCUUCAAAAUGAUAACACAUCGUAUGACUAUCUAGCAAAUAUAUAUA